GCCCACUUUACACCGAGUCAAAGCCUCUCUUUCAUUUAUUCAAUAGCACAAGCAAAGUGCCCGCUGAUCUCCCUCCCUCUGGCUUUCUGUUUUGGAAUCCCGGCCGAGCGAGACAGUCCCCAAAGACAGACCUAGCCGGAAGUUAAACAGAGGGGAGGGCAGCACUUCCUGUUUACUGACAACUUUGUACAUGUGCUCAGGAGACCAGGCUCCAAAAGGAACGUUUGAAGAUGAACUGGAAUGGUGCAUUUCUCAGAUGGAGAAGGGGCUUCUGCACCUUAGUCCCACUGCAAGACAAGCAUCGGACACUCAGAGGAUCAUACGAGUUCUGCGCUCACGGAAAGCCCCUUUCGUAAAGAAAAGACAGGUGAUGAACCAAGUUUUUGGCAAUUACCGUCUUAAAAUGGCAGAGGAAAGAAAGGCUCUAGAGAGCGCUGCUAACGACAGCAGUCAUGCACACAUUCAGGAAGGUGCGACUCAGGAUUCAGGGAGUGUGGCCUAUAGGAAAUGUUCAAAGGAAGCAUCAGGAAGCUCUGGUCAUUGGUUCACUCUCUCCAACAACAACUUCCAUUUCGGCUUCAGCUCUGAGGAGCUGGACCACAAUGAGCAGGUUGAGUCUGAGGAUGUUGCCAAAGAACAACUAGAAAUCCCCAGGACAGGUGACAAUAAAGACUGUGGCCAAUGCAGCAUUUUGCCCAGUGGUUCAGAGUUUGCCUUCAAUUUCCAGAUCACAGAGAAGGAUGCAGAAUGUUCACAAAGCCAAGAUCAAGGUUCUGCUCAGGAGGCAUGUAACAAAAGCAUUAGGCCACCAUCCCCAGAGCUCAAGAAUGUAACCAAAAUGGAAGAAUCCCAAAGCCACAUUAAUGUGGACACAACAAAGGACAUCACAAAAAUAGAUACAACCUUAAGUAAUAGUGCCAAGCCUGAGUUGUCAGGAAAAAAUUCAGGAGACUCGCCAAGGAAGAAAAAGAAAAAAGGGUCUCAUGGGAAGAAACCCACAGAGGCCGUUCAAACCGGAAACAAAGAUAAAAAUGCAGAGAAAUGUGUGUGUCCUACAGAAGAGCCAAAGGUUUGUUCUGUGUUCCAGACUGGUGAAGAUGACCUACGCCGAGAGCUUGAUUGGUGUGUGGAACAGUUAGAGAUGGGACUUCAGAGACAGAAAUCUACACCAAAGCAGAUCGAAGAAGCAUCCCGGGCUAUCAAAAUCUUGCGCAGUGAGAAAACGGCGUUGGUGAAAAAGCGCCAGGUGAUGCGCACAAUGUUUGGCGACUACAGACGGAAGAUGGAAGAGGAGAGACAGAAACAACUCAAGCUGAUGCAAACUGUUGCUAAAUCUGCACAGAUCAAUGAAGUGGCCACAGUAACCAGACAGAACCGCAGUAAAGUAUUCCGCCAAUGCCUACAGAACUCCAGUAGAAACCCACAAAUACGCUCUAGCUCUUCGUCCUCUCCAACUUCGCUCCAGGAUGAUGCAACUGCUGGGACAUCUAACGGUACCUCCCCUCAAGAGCAGUUUGUUUUCAGGUCAUCUGAGGAGCCUUUCCGCUUUAACUUCCUCUAAGCGUAAGAUAAAGAAAUGUCCAUAAUGGACUCUAUGCACUUCAGCUCCUAAAUUAUUAAGCAGACUUCAAUGCCCGCUAUGAUUUCAUUACCUUCAUUUCAUUAUUAAGAAAUAAGUCACUGGUAGCUCCCAGUGCUCAACUAAAGCCAAAUUGGCUAUGCCAAAGUGCCACAUGUUUAAACCCAGUGGGUUGGUAAAGGUUCCAACUGUGAUUUUUUUUGUUCAUGAAUGAUUUGUGUUAAGGAGUUUGCAGGUGAUAAGACCAGGAUGACAUGUAGACUGUAAAAUAAAUACUUUGCUCUAUUA